AUGCCACAGACGAAGGACGAGCUACAACACCUCGAUGCGAGUGACGAGUCGGUCAGAUCUGGACGGCUUACCUAUGCCUUCCUUAACACUCUGAAUUCUGUUCCUAUGGUGUCGGCCCAUGCGUAUCUUGGGGCUCGAGGUAUUGUGGACGAUUUGCGUCGUGGUGCCGACAUCAUCAUCUGUGGCCGUGUAGCUGAUGCAAGUCCCGUCAUCGCUGCUGCUUGGUAUUGGCAUUCAUGGAGUGACUCGGACUAUGACUGUCUUGCUGGCGCAUUAGUCACCGGCCAUCUCAUCGAACGCUCCGCGUAUAUCACGGGCGGAAACUUUGCUGGAUUCGACAGGUUUUCAAUUGAGGAUUUCAUUGAGCCUGGCUUUCCGAUUGCGGAGAUAGAAGCCGAUGGGUCUUGUGUUGUGACAAAGCAUGAAGGUACUGGUGGGAUGGUUAAUGUUGAUACAGUGCGGUGCCAGUUUCUGUAUGAGCUGCAAGGAAACAUCUACCUGAACAGCGAUGUCAGUGCUAUCCUGGAUGACAUUACUGUGGGGCAGGCUGGAAAAGAUCGGUAA